AUGGCAGCCAGCAGGAGGCUGAUGAGGGACACCCCUCCAUAUGAUAAGGAGGCCUUUGGAGUUGAAAUCAUUGUUCCAGCAGAGUACCCAUUCAAACCACCGAAGAUCACAUUUAAAACGAAGAUCUCUCACCUGAACAUCAAUGAAAAGGGGCAGAUCUGGAGGCAGAUCUGUCCACUGGUAAUUAGUGCUGAAAAUUGGAAGCCCACAACCAACACCCACCAAGUCAUCCAGUCCCUCAUAGCACUGGUGGAUGAUCCCCAGUCUGAGCGCCCCUUUGGGCUGACCCAACAGAAGAUUAUUCUAAAGGACUGUAAAAAAUUCUGUGAGAACGCUGAAGAGUUUAUAAAGAAAGAAUGGGAGAAGGUGACCUGUGGAUUAAAAUUUGCCGCGAUUGAUUCCUGCAUGUGA